AUGAAUAAAAUUUUAAUUUUAUUUUUAUCAGUAAUUCUUUUAUCACUAUUUUCAAUAUUUUUAUUAAAUUCAAUAAAUAAUCAUGAUAUUGAAAUUAAAAAUCCAGAAAAUAAUAAAAAUUAUAAUAAUAUUAAAAAACAAAAAAAAACAGUUAAUAAUAGACCAGAAAAAAUAAAGUUAUCAGGUGGUAUAACAUCAACAUUAUCAGAUAUACAAUCAAAUAUUAUUAAUCAAUUAAAUAAAAAAAAUGAAUUAAAAAUAAAAAAUGAAAAUAAAAAAAAAAAUAAUAAAAAUAAUAAAAAUAAAAAAAAUAAAAGUAAUAAAAAAUUAGAAACUUUAGAUAAUAAUAAAAAUAAUAAUGAAAAUAAUAAUAAAAAUAAUAUUAAUAAAAAUAAUAAAAAAGUUAAAAAUAAUUUAAUUAAUUUUAAAAAAGAUGAAAUAUCAAUAUUUGGAUUUAAAUGUGAAAAUGGUGGUAUUGGAUUUCAUGAUGGUUGUAUUUGUCCAUACGGUUUCAAAGAUGAAUUUUGUGAAACACCUUCAAAAAAUAUUUCAACUUGUUUUGACCCAAGUUUUAAAAUUGAAUACUUGUAUAAAUUAGAUCAAGUUGAUCCACAAACAUGUAAAUCAAAAAUUGGUUCAUUAUGUUGUUGGUCAAAAUUUAGAAGUGAUAAUAAAAUUUCAAAUUCAAUUUUAAAUUAUAAACAAUUAUUAUUAAAAACAAAUAAUAUUCAAAAUUAUGAAUUAAAUAACUCUUCAAAAUUCAGUAUUAAUAAUAAUGAUAAUCAUGAUUUAAUUAUUAAAUCAAUUUUACAAUCAUAUGGUCCAUGGGAUGAAAAUGAUAAAUUAUUUUUAAAAUAUAUUAUUAUGAAUAAUAUUCAAAAGACAAAUUAUAUUUUAAAAUAUUCUAAUCCAGUUUCACAAAAUUUUAAUUAUAAAUUAAAUAUUAAUAAUAAUAAUUAUAAUAAUAUUAAUAAUAAUAAAAAUAAACCUUCAAAUAAUCAUCAAACUCAAUUACCAGCAUUAUCUUUAAUACCAUCUAAAUCAAGAGCAAAAUUAGCAUUCGUUUUAUUAAUUCAUGAUAUUGAUAUGCCAGCUAUAAAAUUAUUAUUCAAUCACAUUUAUAAAGUUAAACAUUAUUAUGUUAUUCAUGUUGAUGCUAAUUUUAAAGAUAGAGUAAAAAUAAAUCAAUUAAAAGAAUAUGUUAAAAAUUUAAAGAAUCAAAAUUAUAAAAAGGAUAUAUUCAUUCCAAAGAAAUAUCCAAAUAAUAUUGAAAUAUUACAAGAAAGAUUUCAAAAUAGUUGGGGUUCAAUUUCAUUGGUUUAUUCUGAAUUGGCAUGUUAUACAAAAUUAGUUGAUAUGGUAUUAGAUAGGUCAAUGGUAACUGGUGUUGAUGAAAAAUGGUCACAUGUUAUUAACCUUUCAAUUAAUGAUUUCCCAAUUAAACCAAUCUAUAAAUUAGAACAAUUCUUUUCUCAAAAAUCAAAUAUACAAAAGAAUUUUAUAAAUGAAGAUAAUAUUUUAAAAGAAUCUGAAAGAUAUAAUAAAUCAUGGGUUGAAUGUGGUAAGAGACAAAUGGUAUCUAUUAAUUUUGGUAGUGUUGGAUUAGAGGAUGCUGAUGCUGAUGGUGAUAAUUAUCAUUUAUGUGGUUUAGAUAAUGGUGGUGUUGAAAAAACAAUUAAUAGAAAAAAUUAUAAAGAAGGUUCACAAUGGCAUUUUAUUACAUUUAAAUUUGCACAUUAUUUAAUUUCUGAUUUCAGAUCAAUUUCAAGAUUAUUCUCAAUGAAAUUCUCUUUUAUUCCAGAUGAAUCUUUUUUCCAAAUUGCAAAGUCUGAAUCAAAAGAUUUAUUAAUUGAUCAAGAUUGGGAUAUUGAUAAUUAUAGAUUCAUUCCAUGGUAUAAUAGUGAUAAAGCUUUAAUUGUUGGAAUGGACGAAAUAAAGAGUAAUUUCAAUAAUAAUUCAAGAUAUUUCUUCACACGUAAAGUUUAUACAUCAGAUAUUAAAAAUGAAAUAAUUGAAAAAUAUUUAAAAGAUUAA